AUGACAAUCUCUUAUAAUAGCAGCCUCCCAAAAGCCACUUUCUUUCUAACGGGCUUCCAAGGUCUGGAAGAUCUCCAUGGCUGGAUCUCUAUUCCUUUCUGCUUCAUCUACUUGACAGUUAUUGUAGGAAACCUUACCAUCCUCCACAUCAUCCAUACUUAUGUCACCCUCCACGAACCCAUGUACUAUUUCUUGGCCAUGCUGGCCCUGACAUUUUGUCUAUCCACACUGCCCACUGUGUUGGGCAUCUUCUGGUUUGAUUCCAGAGAGAUUGGCAUCCCCGCCUGCUUCACUCAGCUCUUCUUCAUCCAUACCUUGUCUCUGGUAGAUUCUUCAGGUCUAUUGUCCAUGUCCAUUGACCGCUAUGUGGCCAUCUGCAACCCACUGCGUUACUCCACGGUCUUGACACCCACACAUAUUGUCAAGAUGGGGCUGAGCUCAAUGCUUAGAAGUGCCCUGCUCAUCCUGCCCCUGCCAUUUCUCCUUAAACGCUUCCAGUACUGCCACUCCCAUGUGCUGUCCCAUGCCUAUUGUCUGCACCUGGAGAUCAUGAAGCUGGCCUGCUCUAGCAUCAUUGUCAAUCACAUAUAUGGGCUAUUUGUUGUGGCCUGCACUGUUGGUGUGGAUUCACUGCUCAUCUUCCUCUCCUAUGCCCUCAUCCUCCGCACUGUGCUAAGCAUUGCCUCCAGCCAGGAGCGACUUCAAGCCCUCAACACCUGUGUCUCCCACAUCUGUGCUGUGCUACUCUUCUACAUUCCCAUGAUUGGCUUGUCCUUUUUGCACCGCUUUGGUGAACAUCUGCCCCAUACUGUACAUCUCCUCAUGUCUUAUGUGUAUUUGCUGGUACCACCUCUCAUGAACCCCAUUGUCUAUGGUAUCAAGACCAAGCAAAUCCACAUCCGCUUUGCUAAGAAGUUUGAGUUUGUAAAAUCCCUUAGGGGUUUUCGAUAG